AGUCGGCCCACUUGCGGCGGCGGCCGGCGACGCAGGGAUCACCGUCACAAUCACGUUGCACCUUCUGAUUCGAUGUUUGAAGGGCGGUGACCUAUUAAGCGUGCAUAAUGCAGAAGUUGAGCUAGUCCUAUAUCCUAGCUAUGGUAGCAGUUCUCUUGAGCACUCGAAGUCCAGUCCGAGAGCGACUUUGGAGACAUUGAAGGCCCCUUGCAUUUUGACUCUUUGUGCGAACGCUAGAAGCUCAGCUCAGCUCAGGCAAACCAAGCUCUUAGCUGACGUAUAUACAGAGGGCGCCUUUCUGGAACAACAACGAAGGAACUCAUCGGUGUACAUAUUUGCAGCGUCCGAUGACCGCAUCAGCUUUGGCACCCAAGAGCAGCAGCCUCAUGGAUUACUAAGCAGGCCAGGAUUCCAGUCUUGUUUCUAACAGUGUCAAGUUCACAAUGGCGCCUACUAACCGUGCCCUCCUUUUAGCAUUGCUCUGCCUCUACCCCUCGCUAGCAUUGAGCCAAUCAGGUUUCAAUCCGUAUCCUGGGUACUCAUGUCCCCCUGCCUUUGCGCCAAUCAGCACCUUCAGAGGAGACACCUACCAUGCAUGCACUGAAGACGUAUGCUACAAUGAUGCCGUCGGUUGCGGUCCUGGCAACACAUGUAGUGAGAAGUCCUCAAGUUCGCCGUUUGGGAAUUUCUACGAGCGUUCCUGUCAGUGCAAGCCCCCAUAUGUACAGGGCCUCGUGCAGGGCUACUACACGUACCGCACCAGUUGCUACAUCCCAGGUAAUGACGUGUGCAACCCCAACCCUUGCCAGAACGGAGGCACAUGCUUCCCGCAGCGGGAGACGUUGUCGGCUCCGCCCUGGGACGACCCGAACGGAACCAUUGUCGACUUUGGCUGCUCAUGCCCCCAAGAAUUUGCUGGACGGACGUGCUCCCUUCCGCUCGUGAACGGUCAAUUUCCAGAAGUGAUUGCUACGGCGCAAGGCUAUUCGGGCCCGCUAGCGGCUGUCGGUUUCGGGGAUUCACGUCUCUGCGACGACGAUACGUUCUUCCGCGCGUGCCUGUACGCUGAUGGCAAACACUACGUGUGCUGCGACGGAUUGUGCGGUCCGAUUGGACCAGACGGAAUGACGCCACUGUGCGUUGGCUCGGGGAUUGUGCCCAGCCCAAAUGACUAUCCGAUAGCCCCAAGUCCUCCGAACCCCGGUCCGACGCCGGCCCCAAUUCCGUUUCCGCCGCCAGUCGCUAAUCCUCAAGGUCUUUGCGGGCUCGGCUAUGCGAGCCCGUACCCAAUCCGAUGCUAUUUCAACAACGACCCCCAGGGCCGCUACGUUUGCUGCGACCUGGAAGGGUGUGACGGGUUCAAUCCUCCAGACAACUUGGAACCUCAUUGCAAGGCCAGUGGUGGACUAAUUGUGACCCCGGAUUCUGGAAACCCUCCUAACCCCCCCCAGACUUCCCCGCCUUCGGAGCCCCCCAGUGGGUCACAAGGUGUGUGCGGGUCAGGCGCUGCGAGCCCGUUCCCAACCCGAUGCUAUUUCAACAACGACCCCCAAGGGCGCUACGUGUGCUGCGAUUCGGCAGGCUGCAACGGAUUCAACCCUCCUGACAACCUGAUCCCCCACUGCAAAGCCAACGGAUACGCGCCCCCCGGCUAUGGCGUCGGGAGUCCUUCUACCCCCCCGGCAACUGCCCCGCCUUCAGUACCCCCCAGUGGGUCACAAGGCAUUUGUGGCUCCGGUGCCGCCGGCGCUUUCCCCACCCGGUGCUACUUCAACAGCGACCCCCAGGGCCGCUACGUCUGCUGCGACGCGGCCGGCUGUGACGGCUUCAACCCGCCCGACAAUCUCUUCCCCCACUGCAAGGCGAACGGAUAUGUGCCGCCCGGCUAUGGCGUCGGGAGCCCCGAAACUUCCCCGCCCCCUAAUUCGGGGCCCCCAAGUGGAUCGCAAGGCGUCUGUGGGACCGGGGGCGCAGCGGCCUUCCCCGUCCGCUGCUACUACAACAACGAUUCGCAAGGCAGAUACGUAUGCUGCGACUCCGCUGGCUGCGACGGGUUCAAUCCACCGGACAACUUCUUCCCCCAUUGCAAGGCCAACGGCUAUGUCCCGCCAAGCUUGUAAAUUGAGGUUUGGCGGCGAGGCUAUGAGUUGCUAACAUGACGAGCAUAAGGAUUGCUCAUUUAGUGUCUGAUGUUGAUAGGUAUACGCACAACUUGACCUCUUUUGAACCCGUUGCAGCAAGCGCUGAUAGACGCGUCCUAGUAAAUUUGAGAGCACUAGGUCCACGAGUAAGUGAGUCAAGUUCACAGUGAGUCCGUGUACUGCACGACAAUUAUAUCCAACAAGUUUGCAGAAUCUACUUUAUAUUGAAAUUAAGUCUCAGAGUUGGAAGAUAACAAAUCCUUUAAAACACAAUGGAUGCAUAUAUAGGUG